CUUUCGUCGAUUGUCGGAUCAUCUCUUACUCAUUGUUGACAACAGUUCCCGGCCAGCUUCUUCUGGAGUGUGAGUCGGGUUUUCUUCUCGUCGGCUUGUGGAAAUUUACCAAACCCGGGAUUGAGCCUCCUUUAGCAUUCGUCAACAAUCGAAUCGAGCAUGAUUACUACGACGGAAACCGUAGCAUCACCUGAGCCAGCGUCUUUCCUAACUACCUCUGGAGCUUUGACAGCGACACCUCAGAACGAGGAAUGCAUCAAGAAGCGGUCACCUGCCGAAGCAGCGGCAGCAGCGAGACGAAAAAGGCGACGGGCUUUGGUCAGACGGACGCAUUCUCCGAAGAACGUCCCCACUAGACAUUGCGGAUCCUCCAGUCCACUUUCGCCGAAUCGGAAACCAACGUUAAUUCAAGCUACAGUCGAAGGGAUCCGAGAGAUUUCCGUCCGAUGGACCCGGGGAGACACAGUGGCAAUUCCAACCGAAUAUCCGGGGGAGUGGUCGGAGCGGAUACGAAGGUUGCAGGGAUCUGACUUGUGCCGUUGCCCCCACGUCUUGGUGCCAUCAUCGUUGGAUGUUCCCUUUCUAAAAAAAAUGCUCCCACCUAGACCAUACGCUAUGCGUGGAAAAGAUGGUGUUGCAAACUCUGUACACGCGUUCUCGGAAUCACAACAAGUCCUGCAACGCCUAGCGACACGCAUUUGGCCCGGCCCGGUCAACAUACAUGUAGCUGUGGUCGACGAAAACGCUGAUUGUUCUGGUCUAUACAGUAGUAGAGACGGGAAAAAGUAUUUGACCUUGCGUUCUCCUGGCCACCCCUUGGCCGUCAAGGCCUUGCUGGAGCAAGUUCGGGUAGACGAUAGUUCUGUGUUGGUGGGUCUUCCUCUUUACCAUGACAGUGGAGCACCGUGUACAGCCGCAAUGAAUGUUGCUUCGCGCUUAUUUGAAGAACAUGACGAAAAUAACAGUCGGCCAUGGCCAUCGGCUGUCUUAAACGGCGAGGAGCGACGGGAAAUUUUUGCAGUUCCGACGUGCGAGCACGGACGGGUGUGGCCAAUCAGUCUUUGGAUUGACGCCUCACGGCGAUUGGUUACAAUCCGGGGACAAGAUCCGGGCGUCAAUUCGACAACAAUGCCUUUGAGUCCACAAAACGUCAUGAGCUCUCUUUACAGCACCUCACAUAGACGAAACAGCGGCUUGUCGGACAAGUCCAUGAAAGAAUUGUUGAUACAAGCUGUGGUGCGAAAAUGGAAAGUUGUGGAGGAAUUGACGUGA